AUGGCUCCUAACAAGCAUGCUUCAGCUUCGAAAGCUGCCUCCAAAGCUGCCAAGAAAGUGAAACAAGCUGAGAAGGCUGCAAAGAAAGAGGUGCAAGCUUUCAAUGCCGCGGGAAAGAAAGGUAAAGGGAGAUUGGCGGAUGAGGAAGAGGAUCUUGAGGCGAUAUUAGAGAGGUACCAGAGAGAGAUGGCAGCGAAUACCAUGACUACAAUGACUACCCUCGAUGGUCCACCACCACCACGGACUGGCGCCCUUUUCCUACCUUCUCCCUCCACCCUGGCAUCAGAACCUGCCGGCAAUCAUCUCUAUCUCCUCUUUGGCGAGUACUUUGAUGGAUCGCGGGCUACUUUCUACAAUUCUACGCUCAGAUACGAUAUCACUAAAGACGAAUGGAGAGAAUAUAGAUCCCCCGAGAUGCCCGCCCCUCGUAGCAGUGCUGCGGGAGUAUAUGCCUCCAAUCUCGGGGAAGGCGGGGGGAUUUUGAUCUUCGGCGGUGAAUACGCGAGUCCUACUCAGACAUCAUUUCAUCACUACAAAGAUCUCGUAAGGACAUCCUUCGGAUGGCUUUUCAGCAUCAAAACUCAUCUCUGGGAGCGGAUCGACACAAGGAAAGGCCCGAGUGCCCGUAGUGGACACCGGAUGGUCAUGUGGAGACAAUAUGUCAUACUCUUUGGCGGAUUUAUUGACACUGGUAUUAAAACCAAUUACCUGGCUGACUUGUGGCUGUUCGACACGGAGGAGUACAAAUGGAAACAAGUUGACAUCUUGGACAAGGAUCGUACCCCAGGACCCCGAAGUGGCUUCUCUUUCAUACCCACGCCAGAAGGCGCCAUACUCCACGGUGGCUACCGCAAAGAAUACGUCAAGGGCACUCGACCAAAAGGCAUUCCUCUGGAGGACACCUGGCUGCUACGUAUGGACACGGAUGUGACCAAGAUAAAGUGGGAGAAGCGAAAGAAGGUUGGAUAUGCUCCCUCACUGCGAUCUGGAUGUACGAUGGCAUAUUGGGCCAACAAAGGCAUGGGUGUGCUUUUCGGUGGCGUACUGGAUGAGGAGAAGGACGAGGAAAGCAUGGAAAGUGUAUUUUACAAUGAUCUGUAUGGAUACAAUCCUUCGGGGAAUGGUCGGUGGGUCAGCUUGAAUCUGAAGAAGAGGAAGAAGACCACUCGACGAAGAGUCAAGAAAGAGGCCCCGGUCGAAGAGUUGAUGGAUGUGGAGGAAGACGAGGCCGAAGUCGAUGAGUCAGACGAGGCCGAAGUCGAUCAGUCAGACGAGGCAGUUCCUAUCGAGUCGCACCCGACUCCUCCAAUCACCAAAAAUUUAAGAUCUUCCGAGCCAGAUCAUGAGGAUGAGGACGACGAUCCCUCCAGAUCUGUCCCUCUCACUCGUUAUAAUGCCAUGCUAGCAAUCGUCAAGAACACUCUCUUCAUCUAUGGGGGUAUUUACGAAACAUUAGAGCCCGCACGGGAAUACACUCUGGACGAUUUUGUCACUCUGAACCUGGAGAAGCUCGAUCAAUAUAUACAUAUCCGCGGCACUGGCUUGGACGAGUUAGAGUGGCGAGGUAGCAGUGACGAAGAGGGUGACUCAAGCGACGAGGGAGGUAGUGACAGUGGAGAGAGUGACGAAGAGGAUGAUGGGUCAAUGGAAGUGGACGAAGAAGAAGGUGAGGAAGACAAAGAGAAACGUCAUGCCGCCUUGUCCCAAGCAGAGAAAGAAGCCCUCCGUCGAUCCGCCAACCGCUUCUUGGGAGUCGCCAAAGAUACCACCAGAAGCGAAGAAGAUGUACUUUCCACUCCGCUCCCCGGGGAGAAAUUGCGACAGUUCUUCGACCGCUCGCGAGAGUAUUGGAGUAUGAAGGCAUAUGAUAGGACGGGGAGCAGAGGUAAAGCGCUCCGUCGGGAAGGCUUUGAUUUGGCCAGUGUCAAGUACGCCGAGUAUAAACCCAUCUUGGAAGAGAUUGAGAGGAUUCAGAAGGAGGCUGAGGCCGAGGGAGCUAUGGUGAAACGAGGCUCGGGCACGGUAGGUGAGGUGGGCAGAAACAGGCGUUAAAAUACUACGUUGCAAGAAAUCAUCUCUAUCAAGUUUACUUGUAUACAUCUACCGACCGUCUUUAUAGCUAUGCGCCAGUGUACUCGUAUGCUAUGCUGCCUGCCAUCAUG